AUGGCUCGCAAGAUCUCCCGCACGUCAUCGGAGAUGCCACCUAUCUUCAUCCCCGAAACCCCUCCUGUACCAUUCUACCGAACACGCACUGCUGGCGACAUCGUCAUUCGCUCGUCUGACCGCGUCGACUUCCGCCUCCACAAGGACGCCCUGGCAGCUGCCUCCCCUUCCUUUGCCACCCGCUUCGCCCCCCAGCAACCCGACCCGACAACAGACGCGCCCCCCUCCCCAGAUGCCACAGGGCCCAUCGUCACCUCCGAGUCCGCAGCGGUCUGGGAGCUCCUCAUCCCCAUCCUCUACUCCCGCACCCUCCCCUUCCCCUUCCUCGCCCGCCUCGCCGCCGGCGCGAGCUCCACCGACCUCGACGCCCUCCGCGCGCUCCUCGACGCCGGGCGCACCUACCAGUGCGCGGACGCCGUCGGCACGUGCGUCUCCAACGCCCUCCUCCUUACCCGCACGACUAUCGACCGCAGCCCGGUCGGGGUCUACGCGCUCGCGCGCGCGUUCGAGCUCCCCGCCCUCACGCACGCCGCCGCCCGCGCGUCCCUCCGCGAGCGCAUGUACCUGUCCGGGGACCCCCGCCUGAAGCUCAUCUCGGGCGAAGACUACCACCGCCUGCUCGACUACCGCCGGCGGUGCGCGGACGCCGCGCGCGCGCGCGUCUGCGGCCACGCGUACGGCGUGUACGACGACGAGCACCUCCCGCACGGCGCGCGGCGGCUCCCCGGCGGCAGCCUCCACUUCCUCGACGCGUCGCAGCCCGCGAGCGCCGCGUUCCGCGACGCGGUCCGCCGCGCGGGCGCGGGCACGAGAGGCACGAGCAAGUACGGCCUGGACGACCCCGUGACCAAGUUCGUGAGCGUGAGCGGCGUGCAGCUCCACCCGCGGUGGUCCGCGUUCCUCGACCGCCUCCACGGCGAGCUCAAGUUCGACCCGGACGACGAGCUCGCGCGCGCGCCCGGGCUCGAGCGCGAGCUGCUCGGCCACCUCCUCGCCGACGCCUGCAGCGCGCGCGAGUCCGGGUACGGCGGGGCGGCGGCGCCGGAGCUCGCCGAGCUCUUCGUCGCCGCGCUGCACGGCAGCCUCAAGGCGGCGAUCGACGCGCCCUCCUUUGGUGCCGCAGAGCCUUCCUCCAACGCUGGCGGGCCUUAUUUCAAGGCCGCCGAGCCCUCCUUAUUCUUCCGCGCCGAUGCCACAGGGCCCAAUGAUGACGCGAGAACCCCCCACGGCGCCUGUAUCGGUCCCUCGUCAUCGUACGUCGCGACUCAGUCGCGCAGCCUAGUUCGAGGGAACUCGUCGUUCGGUGCACGUGUCUGA